UCCACCUCCCUGUCCUGCUUCCUCAGCGGGAGGGCUGGUGGUGCUGGUCGUUUUCAGACAACACAGGAGGAACCUGUUUAGCGGGUCAGAGCGGGAGGCUGGGGUGGGCUGGGCAGGGGCAGACCAGGGGAUCUUGCUCUGUAGCCUCUGGUUCCCCUCCCCGCACCAGACCUCGCCUCAGUGGUCAGGGUUUGCACCCCAGCCCCUUUGUGCACGUGGUCCCCACUGCCCAGGUGAGCCCCCUGCAGGAGCCUGAAGACCUGGCCGCAGUGUGUCCCUUGGGACAUCUGUGACUCUUGACUCCUGAGUUCUCUCUUCCCUGACUCCGGAUGUGCUUGUCCAUCUCUCCCCACUGAACAUCUUUCCUGCAGGCUGGCGCCCGCCUGAGGCCCCUCUGUGUCUGCCCGCUCUCUGUGAUGGGGCCUGGCCCAGGGAAACUGAGUCACUGAUGGAGGGAGUAGAUGCAGAAGGGUCUGUGUGCUGGGGGAGGCACAACCUCUGGCCCCAUAGUGGCACAGCCCCCAGGUGCACUCCUCCCUCCUCUGGGACAUGGAGUGGCAUUUAAAUGUUGGUGACCUUUUAGCUCCAGGUGUCCCCCUUAAAGAGGCAGGCAUCCCACUAGUAGGGUGAUUCCUGGGUUUUGAACCAGGCGGAAGCUUUCUCCAUAUUGGGGGAAUUGGGAGGCAAGGCAGUCAGAUGGCGUCGCUGGUAAAGAGAGGCUGGAGGUGACAUUGGCUGGACCUCCUGCCCUUGACACUGGCUUUCCCUGGUGGCUUCUGGGUUAGCAAAUAGAAUUGCACAUGUGGAGUCCCUCCAUGGCUUGGGCCAUGGGUCGUGGGAUGCGGGGAUGAGGGCAUCCAGGAACCCAUCCCUGGGUAGGGGAUGGGUCGUGGUGGUCGAGCGAGUGGCACUAAGCCAAGGGGCCCCUGAGUGCGGUAGGGGUUGGGAGUGAGUCCCGGUGGGGAAGUGCCUGGGCUCUCUCAGGCUCUGAGCCAGGCUGGCCUCCUGGAAUUUGCACACGGAGGGCACCAGGCAGUGGGAGAAAGGGCUGGUGGACCUGACAGGCCAGCCCGGGUCACCACGGCACCUGCAUGCCCCAGGUGGCUCAGGUGCUAGGCAGAUGGUUGGGGGACACAGUCUCUUGGGACUUUCAGAUUUGAGCAGGUGAGUCAGGCAUGAACCUGGAGAGGUGAGUGAAGAGAGCGAGCAGAGAUAGUGAGAAAGAGCCUGUGCGCCUCUCAGUUAAAGGCGACCGUCCGUUCUAGGAAAGUCAGGAACACCGGGUAGUCUUGGAACCCAAAGGCUGUGUAGGGUGGUGGUGUGCAGAGGUGGACAGUGAGGGCCCUCUGAGGCAGAUGGGAGACUAGAGUCUGAUGCUCCGAGUGGACCACAUGCCUCUGUUGGACUCCAGCUCUGAUGAGAAGCUGUGCUGACGUCUCCGUCCUUCCCACCCCAGGGGGGUGGCAAGACCUUCAUCCCUUCCAGUCGUUUAGAGAAUUGAGCCGGACACGAGGAGGGAUGGGGAACAGCAGAAGCCAGUCGGGGCCGAAUUUUUGCUCCCAGUUUCUUCCUGAGGAGCAGGCGGAGAUCGACAGACUGUUUGACGCUCUGUCGUCGGAGACACACGGCUCAGACACCUCGUCCCGAUCCUUCUCCCUGAAGGCGCUGAAGAAGCAUGUUGGGGAAGCUCUUCCCCCGGAGAUGGUCACCAGACUCCAUGAUGGCAUGCGGAGGGUCGACCUGACGGGGAAGGCCAAGGGGCCCAGCGACAACGUCUCCCAGGAGCAGUUCACAGUGUCCAUGUCCCGCCUAUUGAAGGGAAACUCCGAGGAGAAGAGUCUUGUAAUCCUGAAAAUGAUUUCUGCCACAGAAGGUCCUGUGAAAGCAAGAGAAGUCCAGAAGUUUACAGAGGAUCUGGUUGGCUCUGUGGUGCAUGUGCUCAGCUACAGACAGGAGCUGAGAGGCUGGACCCAGAAGAGAGGCCCAGAUCCCCCUGCCAGGGUGCAGGCAUUGGCCGCCCAGCUCUUCUCCGAGAUGGACAUUCCAGGUGGCGAGAAGCUUCCGGGGCCUCAGCAGCUGGACUGUGAGUGUGACCGAGCCAUGAUCGAGGCCUGGGUGUUCAGGGCCCCCCUCGUGGCCACGUUUCUGAGCGUGGUCGUCCACCGAGGCUUCCUCCUCCUGUGCUCCCCCCUCGACCUGGCCGCCCUCGUCCCCGAGCGUCACGUUGACCAGGAGAGGGUGUUCGAGAGCGUCCUGGACGUCCCGUCGGUCAUCUACAUCAACUCCCACCUGCGCCGCGAGCAGCGGCAACGUUGGCGGCUGCUCUUCUCGUCCGAGCUGCACGGACACAGCUUCGCCCAGCUGUGCGGCCGCGUCACCCGCCGGGGCCCCUGCGUGCUGCUGCUGGAGGACCACGCCGGCCAGGUGUUCGGCGGCUUUGCCUCCUGCUCCUGGGAGGUCAAGCCUCAGUUUCAAGGGGACGACACGUGCUUCCUGUUCUCCAUCUCGCCCCGCAUGGCCGUGUACACGUCCACGGGUUACAACGACCACUACAUGUACCUGAAUCACGGGCAGCAGACCAUCCCAAACGGACUGGGCAUGGGAGGACAACACAACUACUUUGGGCUGUGGGUCGACGUAGAUUUCGGGAAAGGACACAGCAAGGCCAAGCCCAAGUGCACCACCUACAACAGCCCUCAGCUGUCGGCCCAGGAGAACUUCGGCUUUGAGAAGAUGGAGGUGUGGGCCGUGGGGGACGCCUCAGGGUCGCAGCAGGCCAAGAGCAACAAGAGCAUCCUGGACGUGGACCCCGAGGCCCAGGCCUUGCUGGAAAUCAGUGGGCGGAGCCGCCACAGCGAAGGGCUCCGGGACAUCCCGGAGGCUGAAUGAGGUUUCCCCGAGCUCGGGCCUUCCUGGGCGCCGGCCCUGGACAGAGGGUGGCCUGCGGGGCCCUCCCUGUCGCACGUGUUCAACACAGGGCCGCGCUGGCCACGCCCAGCUGGUCUGGGACGCGCUGAAUCGGACUCAGUAAAAUUCCUUCGGUGCCGCAUGUGGAUUGGUGGGUACGCUUCGCAGGAACCCUGGGUGUCCGUUGGCAGCUUAAGCUUUACAGUCUGUUUCUCGUCCCUGAAAUCUGGAGACACGGACGCUUGAGACCUCCGCCCGAGUUCGCGUCUGCUGGGCACGCGCAUUCCGGUCGUGCAGGGCAGGGCUCCGCCUGCCGGGGUCACCUGGCCCCCCCGCUCGAGCCACUGCAGUUGAAAACAUGCCUCAAUGUUCCCUUCCAGCUGGUAGAGGGCGGGGACAUUGGGAUGUGAGUCUCCGUGUGCCUUUUGGGGGCAGCUUCCUAUGACCUAAAAUUUGUGUAUUUAUCAAAAAGCAUAAACAGCGAGAGAGCAGGUGUCCCCACAGGUGUUUGUAAUAGGGUCCCCUCUCCCCCCACCUUUCUCAGCUGCUUUUAAAUGAGUCUGUGCCACAGUCUACACGGGUUCCAGGCAGUUCCAUUGCUAACUUAAAUGGGGGGAAUUCGGAAGCUCUGAGAGGUUCUCUGGCAUGAAUUAGUGGUGAGUAACGACCCUACUGGCCUGGGUUCCUGACCACCGCCUCAGUGUCACUGUCCAGCCCAGUGGCCCCCAAAGGGGUGAUGGGUCAUCUGACAGCAGGGACUCACUUGAAACGGACUUGAGUGAUCCCCGCGAGCUGACUAGGACCCUGCCUGCCUCGAGAAGUCCCUCCUUCCGGGACGGAGCUGUGGGCUCGGCUCUGAGACCUACACCUGGUUCUUGGGUCUUUCCUGUCAACUCGAACUUUCUGGAGAUGGGACGGAUACGGGGCCUUUCACUCUAGAACCUGCCUGCUCAGAAGCCACAGUAAGCCAAGCUGUUCGCAUCUGGCAGGUGUGGCCUUUUCUCCCGGGGGGCUCCCCAAGCUUUGCCCUUAGCAGUGCCCCCGACUGAGCAGAAGGCCUUGCAAAUGAGCUUUUAAAAGAAAAAUGCGUGUCCCGACUGCGCAGAGGGGCGGCGGCCUGACCUGGACAUAGUCGUGAUCGAUUUUCCUCCUGAAAGGCCAGUUUUUCAUAAGCUGCUCAGGUACAUUGUGGGGUUUCCCUAGCUGGUGGGGUAGUAGAUCGGGGAGAGGAGGCUCCUCGGAUAUCCUGACCAUAAAACCAAAGAGUUAGGUCGGUCCUGCUCCUUCCAUCUGUUCUGGAAUUUCUUUUGAUAAAAAAAGCAACUGAGUACCUCACUA